CAUGCGCAAUUACAUUCUCGAGCGUACGGGGGGUGGGGCCUCGUUUCUCUCGCACGUAUAUACAUCAACCAGCACGGACUGAUAAACCGACAUGGUCCCCUUUCAAGUGCCUCGCUUUGUGUCAGUGGUAGCAGUCAUCACUCUGCUGUGUUUCGUUGGACAUUCUGCCGCAGAGUGUGGAGACAACGAGUUCACGUGUGACGACGGAGAGUGUGUGACGGAAAGAUGGUACUGUGACGGCGAAGAGGACUGCUAUGAUGGAAGUGAUGAAAGGGCCGGGUGUGUUACAACUACUUACCUGCCGACGACGGCGGCAGGCGAAGGGGGAUCUUCAUCCUCCGUCAUUGCAGGUUGCCGUACUUUGUAGUAUAAGGAUAAUGUUACUUACAACAAUGCGUUCGCUACUCGGAAACAUUAUUGCAUUUUGGCACAGGGCCCUAUUGUUUUCAAUUGGGCUUACUGCGACCUGAUCCGCUCGCUCUGUGUACCCUGGAGGCUCAGGAAGUCACAACGGCAUGUAUCGACUCCCGCAUGCUAUCUACUAGCUAGCCCGCGUCAGACUCUCCGCGGGAGACCGCGAGUAAACUAAUAGCCGGCCCAGUCCCAUCAAUUAGCAAUAUCGCGCAUGCGCAGUUCGCCGAUGGUUUGCGUAUUUUGGCACAGGGCCCUAUUGUUUUCAAUUUCUAAACUUAGCACCCAUGCACUGGCAUAUUUCACAUAAUUAUGUGAAUGACAAGUGAUACAAGCACACCUGUUUAUUUGUAGAUGACACUGUCUUGAUUUUCAUAAAUUUUGCAGUGUUUUUCACUUGUCAAUAAUAUGCGUUGCUUGGUUAAUGGUGUUUACAAAUCACAUGCUUGCAUAACACUGCCACAAUUUCACACUUUUGUUCUCUCACUAUUAUGAUAGAAAACUUCAUGAUAAUACUUAAUCUCUUUCCAUUAGUUGGACUUGUAAUGGGAUUUAUUGCAAUUGUUAUCGGAUUAUGCGUAUGCUGCAUUUUUUGCUGUCGACCUCCCGGCCACCGUAUCGUCAAUGGAAGGUGGCAGCCAGUUCCUUGGGUGGGACGUGCCCACGAGACAAGGAGUGCUGCUGUGCUCAGAACCAGUUCCGUAUCUACUGCAAGAAGAGAGACUUCGUUCAACACUUCAGCCUAUGGUGUUGGUGGUGGCCGAGGGAGCAGUGUUGUUAUGUACUCUGUGGCUGAACCUCAGCCUCCCACGUACACACACACGACUUCAUUUCCACCCAUUCAGCGAGCUCCUCCUACUGCACCUCCUACUCACAUGCCUCAGUAUGAGUCCAGUUCCUGGCAGCCACCUUAUCCACCAACAGUCCAAAGUGCAACUUACGACUCCGCUCCACCUCCUUACACCUCAUCCUCAGCCCUUCCCCCUCUUCCCACUGGUGACCGCGCCCCCAAUGACGUCAUAGUCCCACUACAGACUGAUCAAUCAUUACCUAGUGCUCCUGGACUGGGUACACAAGAAGAUAUCCCACCUCCUUACUCUUCAGUUAUGUCUGCGCCUGUUGAUAGCACUGUUAUGUAGGAUGAAUUCCGUUUGUGUUUUGUUCAUUCAUUCUGAACCCCU